AUGGGGCUUCACAGUGCACAGGGGGAGAAGCUGGCCCCACAGCUCCGUGUCUAUCUGGAUUCUGUUUGGGGGUUGAACCAUGAUGCCCACCCAACACUAGUUCUGACACUCGUUGUCAGUGUGCUGGUGACUUGGCUUGAAGCUGCUACACUCACUGUGGGUCUCCAGGCUCCCUGGAACAUCUCCCAUCCUUUCAGUGUGCAAAGGCUGGGUGCGGGCCUCCAAAUUGCCAUGGACAAGAUCAACUCCGAGCCCAUGGACCUUGGGAACCUCAGCUGGUAGUUCACUUAUACUAACUCAGCCUGCAGUGCCAAGGAGUCUCUUUCUAUUUUCAACCAGGUCCUGAGAGAACAGAUUUCUGCUCUAUUUGGACCAGCAUGCCCAGAAGCAGCAGAGGUUAUUGGUUUGCUGGUUUCUGAGUGGAAUAUCCCCAUGUUUGACUUCAUAGGACAAACAGCCAAACUGGAGAAUGACUUCUUGAACAACACCUAUGUGAAACUCGUGCUACCCAUGCAUGACGUUGGUGAUGUGCUCCGGAAAAGUCUCUGGUACCUGGGCUGGAAACAUGUUGGGAUGUUUGGAGGUCACGCUGGGAUUUCCUCCUGUGACAGAGUGGAUGAGUUGUGGAGGGCUGUAGAGAAUGAACUCAAAUCUCAUUGCACCAUCACUGCCAGGGUGAGAUACACCAACAAUGAUCCAGCCCUCCUGCAAGAGAAUCUUAAGACCAUGUCAGCAAUUGCCAGGGUUAUCAUCUUAAUCUGCAACUCAGAGGAUGUAAAAAUCAUUCUGCUGGCUGCAGAGAACCUGGGAUUCAACACAGGAGAAUUUGUUCUCAUCAUUUUGCAGCAUUUGGAGGACAGUUUUUGGAAGGAGGUAUUGACCAAUCCGAAGAGCAUGCACUUCCCCACAGUCUACGAGUCCAUCUUCAUCACCCUCAGCUCCUACGGAGAAGGCCCUGCAGAUGAAGGCUUCCGACAGCACGUCUACCGAAGGCUGAGGGGGCCACCCUUCCACAGCUCCAUCUCCGCGGAGGAGCAGGUCUGACCCCAGAAUAAAAAGUGGUCUGAUGCUCUCUUGUGAAAUCUCCACCCCAGAACCACAGAGGAGAACAGAGAAGUAGGCAGUCAGGAGAGAGAGGAUCAACCAGUGGUAGUCCCAGUGUGUGUGGGAAUCUUUCUAGGAAUCACUGGCCCGGUGUUUGUGGGCUCCCAGGGAGAAAGGCGCAUGGAUUACUUGGUCUAUGCCCUACAGAGAUCCAGAAAUGGGUCCCUCUUUCUGCCCGUUCUUCACUAUGACAGCUAUCAGAGAGUAACCAGGCCCAUGAGGAAUUUCUCCACUAUUACUUGGCCCCAUGGCUCCCUUAUUGAAGGCAGACCUGGCUGUGGACUUCGUAAUAAGCUCUGUGAAACUCAGCCUACUUUUACAGGUAUGAUAACUGUGAUUCUCACGAUGACCCUCCUGAUCACUGUUUUGGGAGCUGUCAUCAUAGGCCUGAUUUCAAGGAUGCGGAGGGGAAAACUGCGAUGGCCAAAUAAAGACGCUUGGUGGCAAAUUGAUUCCGACGACAUCACCAUCCUUCCUCAGCACAAGCCAUCCCAGCGAGGCACACCUGUGUCAAGAGGGCACAGCAGCAACUCAUCUAGUGUGAUGAUUUCUGGGGACUUCAGCUCCUUUGUCAAGAGCCAGCAGGUGAAAGAGCUCUUUUGCCCCGUAGGGCUUUACCAGGGAAACCAUGUGGCCAUCUGCUAUGCUGGUAACCAAGCGGAAGCCUGGAUCAGGAAGCCAUCUGUGCUGCAGGAAAUCCGGCUGGUGUAUGAAUUAAGGCACGGAAACGCUGUUGCCUUCUUUGGUAUUUGCACGGAACCACCCAAUAUCUGCAUUGUCACCCAGUAUUGCCAAAAAGGAAGUCUUAAGGAUGUUUUGAGAAACUCAGAUAAUGAAAUGGAUUGGAUAUUCAAGCUCUCAUUUGCAUAUGACAUUGUCAAUGGCAUGCUCUUCCUCCACAGGAGCCCUCUGGGGUCCCAUGGCAACCUGAAGCCUUCCAACUGCCUGGUGGAUGGUCGGAUGCAGGUGAAGCUGUCUGGGUUUGGGCUGUGGGAACUCAAGUAUGGCCAGACGUACAGAACAUAGAAUGAGAAAACGAUGGACCAAUCAGAGCUCUACUGGACGGUCCCAGAGCUGCUGUGUCUCCCAGAGGCACCAUGGUCAGGCACCCCGAAGGCAGACGUUUACAGCUUUGCCAUUCUGAUGAGAGAGCUGAUCCGUCACCAAGACAGCGGGCCUUUCGGCGACCACCGCGAGACACCGGACGAAAUCAUCAGCCGAAUCAGAGACCCCACAGCAUCAGUUCCACUUCGACCUUCCCUGUCAGAGGAGAAAGGCAAUGAAAAGGUCGUGGUCCUAGUAAGAGCCUGUUGGGAUGAAUCUCCAGAGAAAAGACCCACAUUCCCUUCCAUCAAGAAAAUUUUACGGGAAGCCAGUCCCAAAGGCCACGUUAGCAUACUAGACAGUAUGGUGAGCAAACUGGAAGUAUACACCAAUCACUUGGAGGAGGUGGUGGAGGAGAGAACCAACCAGCUGAUGGCAGAGAAGAGGAAGGUGGAUAAGCUUCUGUCCACAGUUCUGCCCAGCUUCAUUGGAGAACAGCUCAUAGCUGGAAGGUCCGUGGAACUAGAACGUUUUGAGUCCGUGACCAUCUUUUUCUCUGACAUUGUUGAAUUCACAAAACUCUGUUCUCUCAGCUCCCCCUUGCAAGUUGUAAAGCUCCUCAAUGAUCUGUACAGUGUAUUCGACCACAUCACUGAAACUUACGAUGUGUAUAAGGUUGAAACCAUUGGAGACACAUACAUGGUGGCUAGUGGACUGCCCAUUCGCAACGGGACCCAGCACGUGCAUGAGAUCGCCACCAUGUCCUUACAUUUCCUCAGUGCCACCAUCCACUUCCAGAUUGGUCACAUGCCUCAGGAGAAGCUCAAGCUACGGAUUGGCCUCCACACAGGUCCUGUGGUGGCUGGCGUAGUGGGAAUUACCAUGCCCAGGUAUUGUCUGUUUGGAGACACUAUGAACAUGGCAUCCAGAAUGGAAAGCAGCAGUUUGCCUCUCCAGAUUCAUGUCUCUCGGAGCACCGCAGGCGCCCUGCUGGCAUUGGGAGGGUAUGAUUUGCAAAAGAGAGGCACCAUUCCAGUCAAGAGGAAAGGAGAACAGACAACUUUCUGGCUGAAAGGCAACGAAGGCUGCACUAUUCCACUGCCCGAAUUUACUGAGGAAGAAACUGAACUCCCAGAGAUCUUCUGAGCACACCGAGUGUGAGUUUGUCAUCGACAAAGGAGAUGGUCUCGGAUGGAGGAGCUGCAGCUGCCUGCCCGGCUAGCUCCUAUAACACGGCCCAAAUCCCCAGCAUCACGAUGAGGUGGUAGAGAAUGUCUGUGAAACAGGAAAGGAGACAGCACACUCAGAAACAGCUCUACGAGGAACAAGGACAGCUCAACAAAAGAGUCAACCUUGAGGUGUUGCGUACCUUUUCAUAAAUUCUACACAUUUUUAUGCAAAGUCAGUUUUGUUCAUCCCUUGGGGUUUUCAUAGCUGACUUUUAUCAGACCCUAACAGAUAAACCUAGGAUAUGGACCUCUGGCAGAUGGGAAUCUGAACUUCGAUAAUAUAGUGGUGGUACCUUCAUUCCACUGUAAGGCUUUAGCUGUAGAACUGCCUUUAAAAAAUUAGAAUCUGGGAUUGAAUUGGAGUCUUAAAAAGUUGGUUUACAUGGUUUCCGCUAACUGCAAGAGCAAAGUCUACACCUGUGAAUUUAUUAGCCAAUAGAACUGUCUUACCCCAUCCCAUGUCCUUGCAAAGUUGCCUCCAUCUCAUCAUUCAGGUGAGAUCUUCGGUCUUAACUGAAAUGUUUCUUCCUUUGAGAGGCUUUCCUGGCUGCUACCUAAAUCAUUUCUCUCCUUCCCCGACCCCAGCCCUUCACAAGUAUUAGGAAGGGCAGGGACCUUGCCUGCCUCUCACUGCAAUGGCUCUACUGCCUCGAAUAGCACCUGAUACAGAGUCAGUAAUUCUCGCUGAUCCUUAAUGGAUGUUUGCUGUGUUCUGGGUAUUGUUUGGUGCCCUUAGCUAUAAUAUUUAAUCCAAACAACAGCCAUGUGUGAUAGGGGCAAUUAUUAGCCCAAUUUCAUAGAGGAAACUGGGGAAUGACAGGUGAGGUCAUUGCCCAAGGUCACUCAGUUAGUGGGGGGCAGAGUCACAGCAGAGACUCAACUAUUUGUUGAAUGAACAGAUCAUUGAAAGUCACAUUCUGUAAAUGCAGGAAUAAAGCGAAGCCACCUAGUGAUGUGUUUGUCAAGACUUGCGGGACCCAGUUCUGCUUCAUCCAAUUUACCCCCACCCCACCCUCCCCUCAGAGCUCAGGGGCUGGCUGGAGAGAGACUUCUCUACCUCCAUCGCCCUCUGCCCCACUCAGGUGUGCUUUAAAGAGUAAUUUUCAAUUCUUAAAGGCUUUGCUGGAGCCAAAGGUACGCUUCUUUUAAAACACACAUCUGCCUGUUAAAAGCAUCGCCCCAUGGUAUUUCCCAGAGGUGCCUUUUUUUCCUUACCUGAGAAGUUAUAGAGACUCGAGAAUCCCCUGCCUGUAGUGAGUAAAGAGAGAAUACCAAAGGUUUAAGAAAAGAUCAUGGAAGGAGACGUCUCCUAGCUGUUUCUAAAGCCCAAAUCUGACUGUAUUCCCCCUGGAUGAAACCAGAAGGCUCUCCAUUGCCUUGAGAACAAAGUUUGUAGGAGGCUUUACAGAGGCUUCGUCUCACACCAUUAUCUCCUUGGCUCGCUAAGGCAGGGGCUGGUAAACUUGCUGCAAAGGGCUGGAGAGUAAAUAUUUUCAGCUUUGUGGGCCAUGUGGUCUGUACUGUAACUACUUGAUGCUGCCAAUGUAGCUUGAAAGCAGCUGGAAACAACACGUAGAUGGACGCGUCUGGCUGAGUUUCAAUACAGUUUCUUUAUAGACACUGAAAUUUGAAUUUCAUAUUAUUUUUAUGUCAUGAAACAUUGUUCUUUUGUGGGGUUAUUUUUCCAAACACAUAAAAAGGUAAAAAUUGUUCUUAGCUUGCAGGCCAUACAAAAUCUGGUGGCAGCCUGGGUUACCACCCCCACACCUCCAGCCGAGGUUUGGUAACCUACAGAGGUCUUCCCUAAGUCCUAGACUAGGGCAAAUCCCUUGUCAUAUACUCCCAUAGCACCCUCCACCCUCUCCCUCCACCAUCGACAGUAUCCCCCUUUCCCUUAGCACUUAACACCUCUCACUUUGCUAGAUGAUAAAUUCUUGAGGACAAAGCCCAUGUGGGGCUCCUUUAUUUCUGAAAGCCCAGGACCCAGCCCAGACCAGGCACACCUCUCGCUACUCAAUAAUGAUUUGUUGGCUUGCACUGGCUCUUCCCAGUACGUUUCUGUAUCUAUUAUUAUUAUUAUGGAUGGCAUGCUUGAUCUGGAAACACAGCAUGCUGUAAUUCCUUGGCGGCAUUGGAAUUUAGGUCGUAGGUAGAGCUCUUCGGGGUUUGGCAUAAGCUACCCAGCCCCCAGUUAAGAAGACUCGAGUUGCAGGUGAAGGUUGUGUCUACAGGCACAACUGGUUUGGCAAUUCAGUGAAAAUGCUCCAACCGGCUGUGCCUGUGGACGCAGCCCAGCGUGAACACAACCAUUUGGAAAACAGA